AUGAAAGCCCCAUCCGCAGGGGGACUCACGUCAUGCAGGACAGGUAACCCGAUCGACGACUGCUGGCGUUGCGACCCUCAAUGGGAAGCCAACCGCAAAGUCCUCGCCGACUGCGCCAUUGGCUUCGGCCGCAAUGCUACCGGCGGCCGCGACGGCGACUUCUACGUCGUCACGUCUCCCACCGACGAUCCCAAGAGCCCCACCCAAGGCACCCUCCGCCACGCAGUCAUCCAAGACGCUCCUCUUUGGAUCAUAUUCGACCGAGACAUGACCAUACAACUAAACCAAGAGCUCCUCAUGAACUCCUACAAGACCAUCGACGGCCGCGGCUUCAACGUCGAGAUAUCUGACGGGCCUUGCGUAACAAUUCAAGGCGUCACUAAUGUCAUCAUACAUGGGAUUUAUAUACAUAAUUGUGUACCCGCAGGAAAUACUGUCGUGGCCGAUAGGCCGGGGCAUUAUCAGCUGAGGGGGGAAUCGGAUGGCGAUGGAAUAUCGGUGUUUGGGGCUCGUGAUGUGUGGAUCGACCACUGCACGUUGUCGUCGUGCCGUGACGGGCUUAUCGAUAUAGUUUCUGGGUCGACUGCAAUAACGGUUUCAAACAAUUAUAUGUUUGAGCAUAACGAGGUGAUGCUGAUGGGACACAACGAUGAUUAUGUGGCGGACCGGAAUAUGCAGGUCACCAUCGCUUUUAAUUACUUUGGAAAAGGUUUGGUCCAGAGGAUUCCCAGGUGUAGACAUGGGUACUUCCACAUUGUGAACAAUGUGUACACUGGUUGGGGAAUGUACGCGAUUGGCGGAAGUGCAAAUCCGACGAUCAAUAGCCAAAGCAAUGUUUUCAUUGCAUCGGGUGAUACAAAAGAGGUGACGAAACAUGAAACCCCUCCGGGAGAUGAGGAGUGGAAGAAGUGGAAUUGGAGAUCGGACGGUGAUCUACUGAUGAAUGGGGCCCACUUCACGACUUCUGGAAAUGGAACUUCAGAAAGCUACAUAAAAGCUUCGAGCAUGGUUGCAAGACCAGCCUCGCUUUUAACUAGAAUUGUACCAUCUGCAGGUGUUCUCAACUGCAAGUUAGGCCAACUCUGCUAGACAAUAAUUAUAACCCUUUCCAUUCAUACCAUUCCUUUACAACUCUGUCAAAAUUCUCUUUCACUUAAAUUCUUUGAAUUGAAUAUUACCAAAAAAAAAAAGAAAAAACGAAAGUCAGCUACAUGAUUUUUCACAGCAUGGUCUCAUGGAUUUCAAAGUUGCGUUUUUGUUCUAACUACUUUUUAACUAUCAAAAUUGAGAGUUCUUGUUUCAUGUCGUCAAAAGAAGUUCAAAUUGUACACUUGAUGUUCGUAAGCCGCGAAAAUGGCUAUUCAUUCGAUCAUGCAUAAAGUUGAAAUAUGGUCGAGCCGAACACUGAACAAAUCUUAUGUUAGUUUCCACGGACA